CUCGGCUGUGCUGUCGCUAACUGUCCAACGAACAAAAAUUGCAAAGAGACAACGUCAUAUCCAUUUUACUACUGCCAAGAUCCGGAUCCAGAUGGUAAGUGAAGUUAGUCGACUACGUUACUCCUAGCUUCGAUACUUCACAGCUAGCUUAAAAAGAAUACGUUUUACUAUUGUUCAUUCAAAAGAAUUCUCAAAUUUCUGGUCAAUUGACUGCCAGAUAACGGUGAAAUCAAUCAUAUCAAAAACACUUUUCGAAUUUGCUUAAGUGCACGAGCGAAAUCGACGUGGACAAUGUAGUCAUCGUAAAUAUAUGAAAUCCUUUCCAUUUAAGAUGGUCCUAAGUUGAAAACAGUGUAGUUGUGACGCAAUUAUCAUAUAUUUGUUCCACCCAUGUGCCGCUCUAUAUGUAGGAGAAACUUGUUUUGAGAAAGUUACUCCUUGGUCUAGACAGAGCGCGUUUACCGUUAUUACUGCUUAAGGAAUAUUUACUGUUUUCACAUUUAGCGAAAAAAUCUUGAACAUAUGAAGGUAGUCUGCCCUUUAAAGCUUUGAAUGUCAUGACAGUUUCUCCUCUCUUUAAAGUAUCUUCAAUGGGUUAAUUAACGUUCCCAUGUAGAUUUUCUAAUAUUUAGGUGAAACGAACAUCGUAUGUUUCGCCAGUAAUAAUAGGUUAAAUAUUUUUCCAUCAUUCUUUUCUUAGAUAAUUUUGAUUUAAAGUUUCCCUCGGCUAAGAAACAUACAGCGACAGGAAAGAUGUCAACUACUUCGGAUGAAGUGUCCAUCUGCUUUUGGUGCAAGACUAGUGAUCUUAAAUCACCAUUCGUCAGUUAUAAAAACAACGGGAACCCACCUAGUGUGUUGACUUUAGUCUAUUUAGAUGGAUCCGUUUUCUUGCAAAUAAAUAAGCCUAUCGCGUGAGUAGCUAUAUAUAAUACAUUUUUUUGUGGAAACACCACGUAAAUUUAUUACUGCAAAAACCGAAGCUUUCGAUCCGUAAGCCCGAAUCUUCACACUGCUAAUAAGGUUAAUAAUCGAAAGCUUUGCAGUGGUAAAUUUACGUGGUGUUUCCACAAACAAAAGUAUUAUAAAUACUAAUUUAUAUUAUCAAAUCAAUAAUCCAUUACUCAAUUAAUAAUUAUGAAAUCAGCAAUCGAAUACUCAAUUAAUAAUUAUCAAAUCAAUAAUCCAAUACUCAAUUAAUAAUUAUAUCAAAUCAAUAAUCCAAUACUCAAUUAACAAUUAUCAAAUCAAUAAUCCAAUCUCAAUCAAUAAUUGUCAAAUCAAUAAUCCAAUACUCAAUUAAUAAUUAUCAAAUCAAUAAUCCAAUACUCAAUUAAUAAUUAUCAAAUCAAUAAUCCAAUACUCAAUUAACAAUUAUCAAAUCAAUAAUCCAAUACUCAAUCAAUAAUUGUCAAAUCAAUAAUCCAAUACUCAAUUAAUAAUUAUCAAAUCAAUAAUCCAAUACUCAAUUAAUAAUUAUCAAAUCAAUAAUCCAAUACUCAAUUAAAAAUUAUCAAAUCAAUAAUCCAAUACUCAAUUAACAAGUAUCAAAUCAAUAAUCCAAUACUCAAUUAAUAAUUAUCAAAUCAAUAAUCAAAUACUCAAUUAAUAAUUAUCAAAUUAAGAAUCCAAUACUCAAUUAUUAAAUACCAAAUUAAUAAUCCAAAUACUCAGUUAUUAAUUACCAAAUUUGUGUGAUGAUUAUAAAGAUACGAAGCUACCUUUGAAAUAUCUCCUAUUCAUGAUGACAAAUGGCAUCACAUAUGUACCACGUGGAACAGCAGCAGUGGGCACGUGAACAUUUAUGUUGAUGGCGCACUGCGAAAUUACCCUACGGGUACCUCUUACUUCAAAGAUGAAAAAAUUGUUUUCAACGGGACGUUUACGAUUGGGAACUUCAAAUACGCCACGAUGGACAUGAGUAAUUUUGCUGGAAAAUUGAGUCAGUUUAAUAUCUGGGACUACGUGCUGCCUAGCAAAGAAAUAAAAGCGAUCGCAAAAAACUGUACCAUGAGUCAUGCUGCUGGUGGCAAUGUUUUGAAGUGGCGACGAGAUUUCGCGCCAACACCGGCGGAUAGCGCUGACCCCCGAGAUUGCAGCGAACGAGGUGCGUGCAUGCAGUGAAUGAGUGAAUGUCUUUGAACAAUGUCGUUUCCAGGUCAUCAAUAGAGACCUUAUGGCAACGGCUACCAAUAGAUCAUUGAAAAUAAUUGAGUAAUUACAGUAUAUGAAUACUUUAGACAUUGUCCUCGCUCUGUUUACAACGCCAAAUCACAGAUUUUCACGUCUUGAUACAACGACUGCAUUUCAAGCCGCGACAAGUGCAACUUCAAACUGGGUUUAGCAGAACUCUUCAUAAUAAAACCCAUGUCUUCAACUUCUAAAACUGUAUUAAAUUCAUACGAUUGAUAAUAUACGACAAAUUAUCUUUUCUACCAUUUAUUUGAAGGAGUUUGUUUUGGCCGUCGUCGUCGCGUUGCCGUCCUAAAAUCGUAAGGUCUCUACUGAUUUUGUUUACACGCGUAAAAACUCGUUAUGCAUUUUGUGACGUAGAAACCAUGACAGUUACGCAGAACAACAUUUCCUAUUAUUCCUAAAGGCCCAUUUCCCCUCAAGAAAUUUUCCACGGACAGAAUGUUUUCCGAAAAUAUCAUUGUUAAAAGUUGAAAAUGUUCAACCUCAAAAAUGCACCACUUUCGGCCCAAAUGUGGUGUACAUUUUCUCUCGCGUAAUACAAAUUAACACAAAAUUGGCAGAUUUCGCAGGGCUAUAUUUUCCGCGUUUUACAACAUUUCGCGGCCAAAUUUUGCAAUUUUACUAAUUUUAACAUAUUCUUUCUAGCUGUAUUGAUGGAUUUUGUUUUUCUUGAAUUGCCUAGCUCAAAAUUUAUUCUAUAUAGCUGGAAUUGCCUACUCAAUUAUGGUUGUCAUAAAAUAUGUUACGAUGUGUAAUCUUAUUUUUUAAUAGAUAUGCCGAUCAAGAGCGUCGAUUCUGAUUUGCAUUUUUCUGGUAAAACAAAUACAACAUAUUCUAGUCAUAAGCAGAUGCCAAAACUUGAUGCAUUCACGAUAAGUUGGUGGCUGAAAACGUCAUGGAUUCCUACAGCGGACUCGCAAUUAAUGGCAAUCGCGAGUUUUAUUCUUGUGUCAGAACCGCUGCAAAAAUAUUUACUCGUUGCUAUCCGAGGCACAUUCGAAAUACAUUUUGAAAUGGCUGGCGCACAAAGGUAGGUAGAGUGUUGCAAUACCAUAUGUGUGUACAUUGGCGUAGAAAUCUCGUAGCAAGUCUGCCAACAAGCCAUCAACAUGUUGUGUUCGCACUGCUUGUCCCAAGUUGGGAAAAAGUUCGAAACAAGCUGCUAACAACUUGUAACAACAUUGUUGAUAUUAUCAGACUUGUUGCAAGGUUGUUCCAACAAGUCCGAUACAGUCAUGAUAUAACGAUAUUGUUACAACCUUGUGUCGUCAACCUUGUAACAUUCUUGUUAUAUCAUGACUGUAUCAGAUUUGUUAGAACAACUUUGAAAACAAAUCUGAUAAUGCCAUCAAGCUUGUAACAAGUUUGGAACAAGCUGUUAACAACUUUACAACAACUGGGAACAAGCAGUGCGAACACAACUUGUUGACAGCUUGUGAACAAAUUUGUAACAACUUGUUUGCAGUUGACAAGUUGUUGGAACAGCAUCGUUACAAGUUUGCUGCAGAUUGGUUACAGCCAUUGAACUAUAAGUAAACAGGAGCGAUAAGUUGGCCGCCAUCUUUAAAGCCGGCAGCGUGAGUUUAAAAAUCGUUAAUAUUUUCUCACUCUUACUUCUUUCAAGGAAUUUAUAUUUAUCCCAAAACACACUUUGACAACACAGUUUUUAUGUAAGGCACAUAAAAUAAGCAAAUGUUUAACUGCCAAAAUAUGACACGAACAAAACGAGACUCGGCACAAAAGUUAAAACCAAGCGAAAAUUUCUGUUUUUUCUGACUUAGACUUUCUAGAAAGAAUUCAGAGACAAUUUUAUACAGUUUAUGUAGAACGUACUUUAAUAAGUUAAAAUUAAAAAUUAAAUGAGUAAAAAACUAAAAAUACUUCGUGAAAAAUUUUGUGUAUUUAUUUUCGUAUAAAUACCUGCGAACAGGAUAUACUUGAGCGCCCGAAAUUUGGCUUCACCCAACCAUAGGCCUUUUUCAUAGGAGUUACUUAUAUAGUUCAAUGAUUACAACCUGUGCGUUCUUGCCAUGCAUAGAUAGUUUUUGCGCGCAUGAUGGCGAAACCUAUAUCUAUUUCUGUGAAUUUUGUUUUCUUACAUUCCAUCUUAUCCGAAACGAUAUACGUUGUAAAUGGCUUGUGAAAUGUCUUGAUGAGAACAUUCGUAUUUACUGGCUUCAACAAUUUGAAAUAAAUAAAUUAUAUUUGGUAAGGAAAUUAAACUAAAAGUUCAUGUAAAUCAGCAUGAUUCUGUAUCAGAAGAUUUCUUAGAUGAAAUGAGAAGAUUUCUAUAGACGAAAUUUUGAUCUAAACAAGAAGAACGAAACCAUUACCAUAGCUGGAAAGAGCAUCUUAAAAUGAGUAAAAUUGCAAAGUUUAAUGGCGAAAUGUUGUAAAAUGAGGAAAAUAUAGCCCUGUGAAGUUCGCAAAUUUUGUAUAUAUUUGUAUUACGCGCGGGAAAAAUAACCGAAAGUGGUUACUUUUACCGCGCGUAAUACAAAUAUAUACCAAAUUUUGCGAACUUUGCAGGACUAUAUUUUCUUCAUUUUAUAACAUUUUGCAACCAAACUUUGCAGUUUAAAUGCCCUGUCACACUAUUGCGUAUCGUACUAGCGUAUGCCAGCGUAUGAAAAAUAUCACUCAUACGCCGGUAUACGCUGACAUACGCUAGGGGUACGUUAGGCAUAGGUUGUAUACGUUUCAAGCACGGUCGCAUACGGUGGCAUACGCUGGCAUACGGCGAGGCAGAAAAUAUUUUUUGAGCAUGUUCAAAAAUUUUGUGCGUAUCGGACGUAUGCUUCAUACGAUAGGCAUACUCUAGGCACACGCUGAAUACGCCUGAGGUACGCCAGAUGUACGGUACUCAUACGCUGGCAUUUCAAAGGAUUUUUGUGCGAAUGAAAAUUAUUUCCGGAUUAAUUUUCAUACGCUUCUCAUACGUUUCUCUCAUACGCAAUAGUGUGACAGGGCCUUUACUCAUUCUAAGACGCGCUUUCUAGCUGUAGUGUUGGAUUUCCUUCUUCUUCCCUAGAUCAAAAUUUAUUCUGUAACUGGAAUCACCCCAUUAUUAAUGAAUUUCACAACUUUAUUUAAUAUUAUGUAGCUUUCAUAAACUUCCCCCAAUCAACGACGAUCGUUGGCACCACAUGGCAAUCACGUGGGAAACGUUUGACGGACAAUGGAAUUUUUUCUUGGACGGCGUGCAUCGUUCUAGUAUUGACGAAUUUCAAUUUGGUCAUGAAGUUCCGCCGUCGCUUUUGGUAAUUGGGCAAAACGGAAAUAUAAAUGGGCCCGCGUAUUCGUCUGAUGACGAGCUACAGGGAAGCCUUAGCCGUUUCAAUAUUUGGGACAGUCGUUUGUCCGUUGAACUCAUUGUUGCACUCGCAAAGGAUCCUGGUCAUGACGUGGGGAACGUGAAUUCUUGGAGGAAUCUGCAAUCAUUGAAAUCUUACGUCAAUCGUACUGAGCCUUCAACUGUUGUAAGCAGCGGUAAGUUUGCGAAAGUGUCAACUAAAGUUCUGAAUUCGGACUACACACGGAAAAACGCACAAGUUGUAACAAACCUGUAGCAAUUCUGUUCCAACAGCUUGCCAACAGGAUAUGUGUUUGGACUUCUUGUUCCCAGCUUGUUGACAAGUUGUUAACGGCAAGUUGGCAACUUGCUACAAGGUUGUUGAGCUCAACAGACUUGUUACAAGUUGUUCCAACAACUUGUUGCCGUCUUGAAAUUCAACAAUGUGUCAACCAGGUUGUUCCAGCAAGCCCGAUGCAGUAAUGACGUAACAAUAUUGUUACAGCCUUGUGUAGUCAAUCUUGUAACAUUCUUGUUAUACCAUGACUGUAUCAGACAUGUUAGAACAACCUUGUAACAAGUCUGAUAAUGCCAUCAAGCUUGUUACAAGUUGUUAACAGCUUGUUCCAAACUUGUUGGAAAAACUGCAAACAAACAGUGCAAAUACAACUUGUCGAUAAUUUUGUGAACAGAUUUGUAACAACUUGUUUGCAGACUUGUAACAACUUGUGCGUUUUUACGUGUUUAGUAGAAAACAGGCUUUAGGGAAGAUUUGACAAACUCUCUGGGGUCCGGGAUCAUAUUCUCUCCCGAAAAUGUUGAAAUGAAAAGUCUCUGAAAUGACUUUUUCUCCGCCCAGUUAGAAGACCUCUUUUAUUGAGAGGGGGCGUGGGUUAAGCCCUCUCACUUCUACUGUUGACACUGUUGGGGCCUAUAGCGCUCUCCCUAGCCCCCUUCCUCCCCAUGCAUCCGUCGUCCAAUUUCUCCGCCUAUUCUGCAUAGAUUCUAUUCUAUUCAAAUGAUUUCUAAUUAUAUGUUAUAUUUUAUUUCUAUAUAGCUGGGAAGUCGAACGUCGCUUUCACAUUCACACAUUGGACUAAAAAUAACUACGCACUUAUACCGUAUAGCGGUGCGGAAAUUGCGCAAUUGACAGUUUGUACUUGGCUUGAUCUGUCCUACACCGACGAAUAUUCACCCAGUCUUCUAUCUUAUUCAUCUACGACACCGAAUGACUUGUUUAUUAUGUUCCAUGUUUACAACAUAGACGGCCUAGUCAUGGGCAUCAAUGAUCAACCAUACGGGUAAGAACAAUAUAGGAGCUUUUUCUACGAAGGCGGGAUGGCGCUUUACACCGGAUUUUUCAAGCUUUCAAAAUUUGUCCGGACUGUUGAUGGGUGAAAUACUACCUCAAAAACUCAUUAAUAAUUCAUGAGGAAAUCAUAAGCGUGGCGUGUCUUUAUAUGCGAUAAAACACGCUUCAAAUUUCAGCUUGUAUUUUCUCAGCUAAUACAAAGUUAUUUUGGAAAAUUAUUUCGCCAAUGCCGUGAUCUAAUUGAGACGUUUUUGAAGCUGUUUAAUAAACUCGUAGUUCGUGUUUUAUCACAUAUAAAACACUCCGCUACGCGUCGUGUUUUAUAUGUGAUAAAACACUCCUACUCGUUUAUUAAACAGUACUUAAAACACGAGUAGGAGUGUUUUAUCAGAUAUAAAACGCGAGGCGCAGCCGCGAGCUUAACUGAAUACGACUUCAAAAGAAUACUAAUUAGGAUGAACCAUUAUAUAAUCAUACUAAUGAGGAUGAACAAUUAUAUAAUGCCACAUGCUUUAUCAGAUAUAAAGUCACUCCACGUGACAUAUUAUGGCUGACAUGAUUUGCCACAAGGUUUAUGAAUAAUUUUUAAUGAGUAUUUUAUCUCUUUAUAAUGGACUUGUAUUAUGUUUGCAUAUACCGCCGGAUUAAAGACCCGUUUACACUACGCUCAAUUUUUGGUACGGCACGGAUAAAAUUGGUACCCGUACCACUUUUUUGGUUCUUGGACUACCUAUUUAGCUAAGUCCCGUUUACACUACGCUCAAUUUUUGGUACCGUACCACUUUUUGGUUCUUGGACUACCUGAAUAGGUAGUCCAAGAACCAAAAAAGUGGUACGGGUACCAAUUUUAUCCGUGCCGUACCAAAAAUUGAGCGUAGUGUAAACGGGGCUUAAGUUGUUGCUGUCGUUGUGGUAUCGAUCAGGGUCGAUCAGUUAUAUCAAUGAAAGGCAAAUUUUGGGAAACUUGAAAAAUCACUAUUUUUUGGGUAGUGCUACAUGCGUAAAACUCACAACUUGUGAACAAAAUGUGUUCGUAACAGGCUUGUUUCCAGUUGUUAACCAGUCCGGAACAAGUUGUUAUAUCCUUGUAUACAUGUGUAAAUCUCACGUCUUGUAGCAAGUCUACCAACGAGCCGUCAACAAGUUGUGUUCGCACUGCUUGUCCCAAGUUGUCAACAAGUUUGGAACAAGCUAUUGACACCUUGUAACAACAACCUUCUUGAUAUUAUCAGACUUGUUGCAAGGUUGUUCCGACAAGUCCGAUACAGUCAUAAUAUAACGAUGUUGUUACAAUCUUGUGUGACAUUUCCGUUAUAUCGUCACUGUAUCAGACUUGUUAGAACAACUUUCCUGCAAGUCUGACAAUGCCAUCAAGCUUGUUACAAGUUGUUAACAGCUUGUUUCAAACUUGUUACAACAACUGGGAACAAGCAGUGCGAACACAACUUGUCGACAGCUUGUGAACAGAUUUGUAACAACUUUUUUGCAGACCUCAGGGUAACAACUUGUACAUUCUUGCGUGCAUGUGAAUCAUUCAAAUUCUUCCUUGCCUUUUAGACUGGGCAGCGAUUCAGCAGUAAAUAAUAAACUAUGGCGUCACCUUUGCGUAAGAUGGAACGGUGACCUUGGCGAAGUAAAUUGGUAUUUAGAGGGUGUUGAACGAAACUCCAAAACUGAUCUACCCAAAAAGCAAACUCUGACUGCCCCAGGGAUAUGGGUUUUUACAAACGAGCAAGACUCUCAUGGCGGGGGAUUUAGCGGCAAACAAAGUUUUAAGAAAUCAUUGGCUCAGAUGAAUGUCUGGAAUUAUGUAUUGCCGGUGCAAGCCAUGAAGGCUUUGGCGUACGGUGGAACAAGCGUCGAGGGAAAUCUGUUUCGAUGGAGCGAUAUUAUCGCCAAUUAUAAUCCUAAAGGCUAUUUUGUUGCAAGUCCUUUCCAUCUUUACAUGCCAGGUAAUACACUGUUAUGUUAUAAAUUGGACAAAAAUGAAAGAAAUCUUUAAGCCAAUAUGUUAUACACGUAAAAACGCACAAGUUGUUAUAAGUCUGCAAACAAGUUGUUACAAAUCUGUUCACAAGCUGUCGACAAGUCUUGUUCGCACUGCUUAUUCCCAGUUGUUGUAACAAGUUUGGAACAAGCCGUUAACAACCUGUAACAAGCUUGAUGGCAUCAUCAGACUUGUUAAAAAGUUGCUCUAACAAGCCUGAUACAGUCAUAAUACAACAAGAAUGUUACAAGGUUGACGACACAAGGUUGAAACAAUAUUGUUACAUCAUGACUGUAUCGGGCUUGUUGGAACAACCUUGCAACAAGUCUGAUAAUAUCAACAAUGUUGGUACAUCUUGUUUACAGCUUUUUCCUAACUUGUUGACAACUUGGGACAAGCAGUGCGAACACAACUUGAUUACGACUUGUUGGCAGACUUGUUACAGGAUGUGAGAUUUUUGCGUGUGUACAAGAAGCACCUGCAUGCCCAACCAAAAAUAUUGUAUUGGUCGGGCAGUUUAAGUACUGUUUACUGGUUUACAUUGUAUUGAAACGGUUUUUGCUUCGUUCCCUAAAGGUUAUGGCUCAAGUGUAAACAGCUUCAUCCCCCGUCCUUUUAUCGCCUUCAUCUUCAGUUUCUUGUAUAUAUUUACAAAAGGCAAAAACAUUGCAGACGUCAUUUGAAAGAGUGAAGAAGCUGUACUCGUAAAUAAUAUUAGAAUAGCAAGUUGUUGUUUGCUAGACGCCAUCUUGAAUCACACGUCACGAAUUGAACCCAAAUUGCUACGAUUGGUGCUUACAUUACAAUGAUUGAAUGACAGCGUUGCAAAAACCAAUUAAACACGUACAGGGGCGUAUCUAUAGCCUCAUCUGCAAGGAGGGGUGCAGGUUUUCCACGGGGUGAUGCAUGAGGGAGCCUUACUGCCCACUUUCCUCUGCAGUCUGUAACGCUACUAUCCCAACAUUACCAUUACAUGAGAUGGCCGAAUCUGAAUAUUCGCCGUUCUGUUACGUUUUACAUUAACUUUUGUUUAUAAAGUUUAUAUCGUUUUUUUAUAACGUAUGCGUGACUGGACAGUUGCUGUAGCACAGUACAGUAAAUUUGCUUGUUAAAGUACAGUAUAUAUUUGAAAAUAUGGCUGUAUAACAACCUUGACAUGUUUACAUAUUUAACCAUGAUAUUGAACUGAUAUAUUAUUUCUCGUGAGCUCACAAAAGAAUUAAAUCGUUUCGAGAAAUCGACACGCGCUAACAGUAGAAGUUCCGCUAAUCGCUAUUCGAAAAGCAGAAAAUGUAUGGUCAAGCAGAUUUUUGGGGGGUGCGUGGUGCUCGGCUUUACUGCUGUUAAACUUGAUCUCCGUACUUUCAUUUUGCAGACGGUGUUGUUCAAAAGAAACGGGAUGAGUAUUGCAACCAAUCCUCCUGUCCUGCCGGCACGUUCUACGCCCGCAUUGGACCACGCAGAAACUUUCACCCCCCUGGCAUACAAUGGCGAUGUUACUGCAAGGACAACGUUGUAUCCGAUAAAAGCGUUAAGGUGGUCAGCGGUUACUAUAAUACCAGAGAAACGGAGCUGCUGGCGAUUGUUUAA